CGCGUAUGCUUGCGCAAGAAGGAGAGGAGGACCUGCUCCUCCGCGAGGCCAUGGAUCUGACGCUUCAUGCUGCGGCGGAGGAUGCCAAGGAUGCCGGCUUCGAGAGGUCUGCGACAUCGACUGCCGGUCAAAAGGAGAGGGGAACCGUCGCGGCGUCUUCACAGAUGGAGCUAGAGAGAACCAUAACACCGUGGGAGGAAUGGACGCCGCACGCAACCUCAACGCCACACCCGAGCCCUACGUCUUCGACCUCGCUGCUCAGUCCUGUAGAGGCUUGGGGUGCACUUGCGACAUCGACGGUCCAUCACGAGUACCCGCGCAGCUCGGGGAAGAAUGAGACAACAUGAUUAGAGAUGUAGAGAUGGGAACGGGGUGCACACGGACGACAAUCAAAAUCGGGGUGGGAUGAUAUUUCAUUGUAUAUCUCGCUGUUUCUUGUAUGAAUCGAACACUGGAAGACAACCGUCAACCCGGACACGUAGAUGCGAGCCGAGAGUAAGGACAUUACCGAAGCGAGGCCGCUUUGGUUCCACGUACAGUUCAUCGCAUGGCCAGUCAUCACGAAGGGGCGGCACACAUGGCGUAGCCUGCUGUCACUAUGCGCUUCAGACCAGUGAAGUCACUCGCGCCAGGACAUUGCGAGGACGAACGGGGCGGUUCUUUCAGGAUUGCGGUAUGGAGGAUCCUGCAGCCACUGCGACUAUAUUGCCUGGCUGCCGCGAUCAAGCCAUCUGGUAUACGUGGUCCCAAGCGAUCGUACAGAAUGCAAGUCGAUAACAGUUGGUCAGUUUAUACUCCCGACAAUCCAUGCGCAUAAUGAAGAGCGGCCCACUCAGUCAAAACCUCCGCUGUAUAUGCGGAGAUUUCCUGAUUAAACACUGCCAACGAGUGCGAUUCCGUGGUACAGUGACCGCACACUUGGGGUAUUUCAGUGCUCGCGUAGAGCGUAUCCACAGCAUAUGCCCAAGGGCAGGCCAUCGCUAUCUCUCCGCUCAUCCGGUAUUUCGGGUGCAAGGCGCAUGCCUAUUGCCAUAGAUUAUCCUGUUUUCAUAGCUUUCUCCCCAUCUCCCACUCGCAGACCAUCCGUGCUUGCAUUGUAAGGUUCGGAGCGUGCCGGGAUCGCGCUUCGCGAGAUAUAGAGCAGCUAUA